AUGGGAGACCGGAACUUCAAUAUUCAAAAUGAAACGACUCAUAUGCCUAAUGGAAGUGAUGUCGCCAACAAUUAUACUCACCAUGACAACGGGAUAUAUACCGAGUUCGACUUUUACUUUCAUGGAAUCGUCUUGCCAAUCAUUUCCUUAUUUGGACUGAUUGGGAACAGUAUCUCGUCUGUGAUAUUGUUUCAAAUAGCCAAGUCUUCAUUCUACAUGUAUCUCGCGUUCCUAUCCCUCUCCGACAUCGCUGCACUUGCUUUCGGGUUGGCUGUCUUUUUUAUUGAGCUAACAUCUGAAGACCCCGUACAAAUCACAUGUUCUCCGAUCGAGGCAUGUUUGCGAACAUUCUCGCACUUAUCCUCCUGGAUCACAGUAUCCGUCACCGUCGAUCGCUACAUUGCCGUGUGCCAUCCUUUUAAAGUCACUCAGUACUGUUCCAGAAAGCGUGCAUUAUUUACCAUCGGUGCCGUCUUUCUGGUUAUCGUAGCACUCAAUUUUCCGAUUGCAUGUCUACAAUGGGAUGAUGCUUACUCAACAUGUCUUGUACCAGAAUUCACCAAUGACUAUUGCUUUAAAUACGGUUUCUAUAUUGAUAUGUCCGUCUAUGUUCUGAUCCCAUUCAGUCUAAUCGGUUUCCUCAACAUAUUUAUAAUCAGGGAAAUCUUCCGGUCAACUAGCAGACGGCGGCAUCUGACAUCAGGCACCAACGAGAACAGUGGGUCUUCAACAGCAAAUAUAAAGAAUUCGACCAUGAAAACAGUCACCAUGUUGUUUACAGUGACUGCUUUCUUCAUCGUCUGUUUCCUGCCAUUUAUCGGAAUAUCUUUAUUUGCAAUCGUUAACGGCAAAAGCUGGGAUAGCGCCAUGGAACUGAUCCCGAUUCCCUUUACCAUUGCAAUUAUUGGCACAACCUUGAAUCACUCUUUCAAUUUUGUUCUUUAUGGUUUAUCUGGACAGCUAUUUCGAAAAAGGUUUCUGGAAAUGUUUUGCUUUCGGCGUUGUGUACAGAGUUAAACAUACAGUGCGAAUAGUUUUAAUGUCACAGGUGAUAUUGGAGUAUGAGUCAAAUUCAUUACUCAAAGAUCGAUAUUGUUUAAUGUCGGCGGUGUUUUGCUAGUGUUUUGUUGAUUUUAUAGUGCUCAGAACUGAUGCUAAUAGAGAUAGAAAGUCGGCAUCGGUUCCGCGCUAUCACAUGGAGACAUUGUCCCAAACAAUUACCCUAAGCAAUUAGCAGAUCUCAUAUCAUGUAUGUAAAGAGAGACAGAGGAAUACCUAUUCAAGAGAUAGGAAUGACAUUUGAAUGUUUUGAUCUUUUACCUGUAAUUUGUAUGUAAUAUCUUGGUUAUGUAUUGCAGGAAUUUAUCACAAUAAAGUAUCGCUAUUGAAUUGGACAUUGAACAAUGGAUGUGAAGCAUGUUGUCCAUUAUAAUAAUGUCCUGGUAGUCGAUGAUUGUCGAAAUGCUAAGGGUGAAUAAAUGUUUUAUUCCACA